GCCACUGCCAGCAACUCCGGUGCAGCCAGCCCCGAUCCCGCGCAAGAUGUCGAUCCAGAAGAUCCAUGCCCGUGAAAUCCUCGACUCCCGGGGAAACCCGACGGUGGAGGUGGACCUGCACACGGCCAAAGGUCGCUUCCGGGCUGCGGUGCCCAGCGGGGCUUCCACCGGCAUCUAUGAAGCCCUGGAGCUGCGGGAUGGAGACAAAGCCAGGUACCUGGGCAAAGGGGUUUUGAAGGCCGUGGAGCACAUCAACAAGACAAUCGCCCCAGCCCUGAUUGAGAAGAAAAUUAGCGUUGUUGAGCAGGAAAAGAUCGACCGGUUCAUGAUUGAAUUGGACGGAACGGAGAACAAAUCCAAGUUUGGGGCCAACGCCAUCCUGGGGGUCUCCCUUGCCGUGUGCAAGGCUGGGGCGGCUGAGAAAGGGGUCCCCCUCUACCGCCACAUCGCGGACCUUGCUGGGAACAAGGAGCUGAUCCUGCCGGUGCCGGCUUUCAACGUGAUCAACGGGGGCUCCCACGCCGGGAACAAGCUGGCCAUGCAGGAGUUCAUGAUCCUGCCGGUGGGGGCCAGCACCUUCAAGGAGGCCAUGCGGGUGGGGGCCGAGGUCUACCACAAUCUGAAAGCUGUGAUCAAGAACAAGUACGGGAAGGACGCCACCAACGUGGGGGACGAAGGCGGCUUCGCCCCCAACAUCCUGGAGAACAAUGAAGCCCUGGAGCUGCUCAAGAGCGCCAUCGAGAAGGCCGGCUACCCGGACAAGAUCGUCAUUGGGAUGGACGUGGCCGCCUCAGAGUUCUUCCGCAAAGGCAAAUACGACCUGGACUUCAAGUCUCCCGACGACCCCAACCGCUACAUCUCUGGGGAGAAGCUGGGGGAGCUUUACCAGAGCUUCAUCAAGAACUACCCAGUGGUCUCCAUCGAGGACCCCUUUGACCAGGACGACUGGGAGACCUGGAAGAAGUUCCUGACUCAGGUGCAGAUCCAGAUUGUGGGGGACGACCUGACGGUGACCAACCCCAAGCGGAUCCAGCAGGCGGUGGAGCAGAAGGCCUGCAACUGCCUCCUCCUCAAGGUCAACCAGAUCGGCUCCGUCACCGAGUCCAUCCAGGCCUGCAAGCUGGCCCAGAGCAACGGCUGGGGGGUCAUGGUGAGCCACCGCUCUGGGGAGACCGAGGACACCUUCAUCGCCGACCUGGUGGUGGGGCUCUGCACUGGGCAGAUCAAAACCGGGGCCCCCUGCCGCUCGGAGCGCCUGGCCAAGUACAACCAGCUGAUGAGGAUCGAGGAAGAGCUGGGUGAGAAAGCUCAGUUUGCUGGGCGCAAAUUCCGACACCCACUGGCCAAGUGAGCGCUCCAGGCUGAGAGGAACCUCCCGCCUGCCUGCCAAAACGGAUCCCAACCCCAGUGGGGGCCUUCGAGGCCUCGUCUCUGUCUCUUGUCACCUCUAGAAGAUCUGUGGAAUCGCCCCAACUCCACCCUGGGGGGCUGAAUAGAAAGGCUGCUGUGCCAACUACUUUGC